AUGACCAAACCAACCUCUGUCAUAAAAGGAAUAAUAUUAUUAUUAUAUUUUUCUAUUUUAUCAAAUCAAUUUGUAAAUGCAAAAAGUGGAACAGAAUAUUUUGAAGAAAAAUAUGGAGCUCAUUUAGGAUUCAAUGUAACAGCAGGUGUAAUCAUUGUAUCAGUCUUUUUAGGCACACCAUUAUUUUUUAUAGUUAAUUUCUUUGUUACAAGAUAUGAAAAGAGUAAAAAAGAUGAAUUAGAAUUACAAGAAAUUAAACAAAAGAGUUAUAAUAGAAGAAAAAUGAAUUUAGAAAGUUCAAAUGGAGCAGGUGGUGGUGGAGGUGGUGGAGGAGACAAGAGACAAAGUGAUUUCUAUGGAACCAAUAAAAUAUUGAGGGAAUGUAUCAGUCGAAAUAAUUCAGUGUCACAAUUAUUUGUGAGCUCAAGUCCAUCGAUUAGCGGUCAAAGUGGAAAUUCCACCUCGGUCAAUGCAGUCAAUAUUUCACCACUAAACCAAAGUCAAAAUUCAAUUAGCACUGGAAACACUCCAUCCAACAACACGUCCAACAAUAACAUUAGUAGUGGAAAUGUGGCAGGAGUACUCAAAUCAAACUCGAUUGGAUAUCUUCCUCCCAUUGCUUCGUACAACUCGUCCAAUUCGGCGGGAUCCGCCAACAAUAGUCCGAGAAGAUUUAACGAGAGAUUGAUUACACCACCCUCUCCCAUACUCUCAACCUUUGGUGGUAAAAAAGAGGAUUUGCCUCCUAUUGACAAUGAUAAUACUCCAUCGUCAUCGACUAAUCUAAAGAGAACUAUAUCAGCCGAUUCUGGAAAAGUGUUGUGUUCAUCUAUAUCUACACCACAACCAAUACGUCCCAAAUCACUUAGUAACGUGCAAGACACUGAACACAGCAAAAAUGCAACACUCAUUAAUCUGCUGAGUAGUAACACCGUACCAAAAGACCACUGGCACUGCAUUGUAUAUAGAAUCCAAGAACUGGCCAUGUCAUAUUGGUCACCACCAAAAUAUGACCUACAAGCACCAUUGACUGCACUGACUCAAAUUGAACUUUCACUACAAGGAUUUUCAGAGCAGGAACAACUCAAGAAAUGUAUCAUCACCAUUGAAGAUCAAAAAUAUUACAGUCCUAUCAUUUUCGAACUGUACAGUAAACUAUUGCCACUCCAUGAAUUCACUAGAUCUAAACCAUCAAAAGGUGAAAAGGACCUGACAGGUGUAUACGGAGUAUUCCUCAUCAUCCUACCUAGUCUAUACAACUCUUUUAUCAAUUGGACAAAUGAAACAAGUGAAGGAUGUCGUCGGAAAUUCCUAACAGUCUGUCAAGAAAACCUUGUAGAUACUCUAUCUUCAAAUGAUAUUCUUGAUAAAACUUAUAUUCAUAAAACUUCAAUUCAUUAUUUAACUCAGUAUAUAAGACAUUUAUUAUUUUAUUCAUCAAAAGGAUAUAAUGGAUCAACACUUUAUAAAAUAGUUGAUUUGUAUCAUGGAAUAGCCGAUGAUAUUGACAAGCUGUUAUUUGAUAAUGAGUCGUACGAGGAUUUUGAAGAGUUGCAAAAAGUGACCAACUCUUCUUCGUUUGGAGGUGCCGAUGAGAAUCCAUUUAAAAUUGAUGUGCAAAACCAGGAUUGUAGUCUUCUGAAUAUAGUCACUUCGGUGGCCAACAGGUUCUCUCAUAUUGACAAUUAUUUGGAACAGGUGCCACAGGAACACCCACCCAUCAACGGGUCGCUGCUAACACUACAACAACAAAAAUCAAUUAUUUCAUCGUGUUACAAUCACCUUCAAACUUCGUUGUCGAUACUCUCGGCAACCGAUAUCUUUUCGGCCAAGUUCAAAGUUGAUACUAUCCCCAUACUCAAGAUGAUGUUGGUCGCAUUAAAUACACUCGAGGAACAAGUCGAUGCUGGUGUAUCGGUUGGUGAAAUGGAUGCCGGUGAAUUGCUCGAAUGGACCAACAACUUUACUCGUAUUGCCACCACUCUCAAUAAUGCUAUCCUCAAAAACAGCUCGAUUCUAAUGGCUAGUCAAAUCGUCGAUAAUAUCAAUAACCCAGGCGUUCAUGGCGGUGGCGGUGGCGUGGGUCCAACCUCCACGCUCACCAUCGAGUCCCCUCCCAACAGCUCGUCACCCUCUCCCUCGCCGUCAACCAACCACUUGAUCCGUAAAUCGGCCAAAAUCAAACCCCCAUCCUCUCCCUUUGGGUCACCAGCCAUCAUGUCAUUCCUCAUGAACGAGACAAGCCUGCACUCUUCCAUGGGCGAAAUAACCACCACGUCUGCCAACACCACCAACGCCAAUGGCAACACGAAUGGCGCCGACCCGUCACAUCCAUCCAUCCAUCUGCCCGGAACCAGAGAACGAUGUGCCCAAAUUGUCCAGUUGUCCCAAGACUCGAUCAUGCUCACCGUCAUGUCUGGAUUCUCCAUGUCAUCGCGUGACCUUCGUAGUCCACCCCCUCCAUACCCCAACUCCGACAGCAGUGACCCUACCACCAACAACAAUACCACCGCUACCAACAGUCAUCUUCUUCACCACCAUCUCCAUUAUCAUCCACUAUCACAGUCUCAAAAACAAUCACUUCAAUACCAACAGCAACAACAACAACAAAUCAACCAAGUAGUCGACUUUUUCAACGAUGGGUUGGGUGUCUUUUUCUCGUCUAUACGUACCAAUAUCUUUUGUACUUACAUUCUUCUCAACCCCAUCUAUGAGUUACAACAGAGUUGA